UAAAACACAGRUCAGUUUUACAGUUCUGGCAGGUAUUAAACAUAGGCUGGAGUGAAAAAUGCUGCUGAGAAUGGGAUAAUUCUGGAAAGGAUGGAAAAGUGGACAUCCAGGAGUGUAGGAGAACAGUGAGGGUAGCCGAGAGAAAACAGAUCCCAAACACUCAAGUUAAAGAUGGGAAGGGAGAAUCAGAGUGCAUUAGGAAUGGGACAUUGCUCAGUUGGGUCCUGUUAAAGGUUUUGGAUAAAGGCCCAUGUGGAAUGGUGUAACUGGAGCUGGAAAAAGCCAUUGUCCAUCCCAUGGAAUAACCCUCUGUUGUGCAGGGAUCCCUUCGCUGCCCACCAUGAGCACAUGAGGCAGAUGAUGAGGAGCUUCUCCGAGCCUUUUGGGCGGGAUCCAUUCCUGAGCCUCCCGGAGGCGGGGGAGAAACCAGCGGGCAGGAGAGCAGACAGGAGAGCACAGCAGGACUCCCAGAUGGCCUUGAGGGGCAACCGCAGGGGCACCAGCUUCUCCCUCCUGCCCUUUGCAGGCUUUGGGAGAGGGGAUGGAGAUUUUGGGGAUCCAUUUUCUGCAAUGGAYAGGAUGAUGUCAAACAUGAGGAACAACAUGCUGGAAAUGCAGAGGAAAUUUGAUGACCUGUCCAUCCAGCCAGACGGGCACUCGUUCAGCUCCUCCUCCAUGAUGACCUAUUCCAAAGUGGGGGAUGAACCUCCCAAAGUGUUCCAGGCCUCAGCCCAGACCCGCACGGCUCCAGGAGGGGUUAAGGAGACAAGAAGAGCAAUGAAGGAUUCUGAAAGUGGCUUGGAGAAAAUGGCCAUUGGUCACCACCUCCAGGAUCGGGCWCAUGUCAUCAAAAAAUGCAAGAACUCCAAGACUGGGGAUGAGGAGAUGAACCAAGAAUUCAUCAACAUGGAUGAAGCUGAGGCUGACACCUUUGAUGAGGAGUGGCAGAGRGAGAUCAUGAAGUUCAGGCCUUGCCGAAGCAGAGGAGCCGUGGAAGCUCCAAGAUCCAGAAGUACCCAUUACAGUCCCAGGGAAAACAGAUCAAGAAGAGAGAAGCCACUUGGAGCUCCAGGAUCCAGAAUGCCCAAGGAUUCUUUGGAAGCUCUCAGUGUGAAAGGAACACACGUUCCCCUGAAGAGCUCCAGGAAAUAACUGUCCCCAUUCCCUGGGGAUGGAGAUUGAUGGUGCUCAGCGCUCGUGUCCGUACAAAUACACCCGGAUUUGUGACCAAUCUCUGUUUUGUGUUGUGCCUUUGCUCCUCCUGCUUCUGAAUGUCUGUCAAACCUCAGCUCCUCAAUUAACACUUCAGCUCCUCAGUCAAUUAAAAACCAUCUGCCUAAAAGCACUUUAUGGAUCAGCUSUGAUUCUGUUCAAAACAGCUUUGAUUUGCAAUUUUUCUGCUCCAGCUGCAUCAAUCUCAGGCUUUACUAAGCUUGGUACUGCAGCUCCUCCUUCCCACUUUAAAGUUGCACAGAAAAAUAGAUUUCCUUUAUUUUGGGUUGCUGAAAUAAUGGUUGAGUUUCUAGGUUAAUUAAUAGAAUUUGAAUACACUAUUAAGCACUUUUAUCUAUCACUUUAAAAUUGUAAAUUGUUACAGAAUCUCCACAUUCACCUUGGUUUGAAGGUGGAGGAAAUACUGAAAUAUGASAAUACUUUCAAUUUAUCAGAAUUUGGAUGUUUAUAAGCUGUGCUUGCACCUCGUUUCCUGUGCCUGAACUGUCAACUUUGUAWUCCUGAUCCUUUGUAUGUUUUCUUUGGAGUUGGCCUGUCAUUUUUCAUUUGAGGAUUGUCUGUAGCAGCUUUUAAUUACCCUSUAGUAAUUAACAGUGUCCUGAGAUCAGCUACAGCUAGGAGUUAUUCAUGGGAAAAAUAUGUGGGAGAAAUGAGUUUAACUGGAAUGAUUUCACCAUUUCUUGUGUUCUAAAGAGCCAGGAGAGRUCUGGAUACAGGAACCCAUCUCCCCUCACUGUGUUCUUUGUUUUACUGAGUGUAGAAUGACCCUAAAUCUGUGUUUGAUUUGAGUCUAGAAGAGCCCACAGUGUCUGAGAGCAGGAAAAUCCUGGUAUUUCAGGUGCUCUGUCACACAGAAUUAUCCCCAUGGUGUAACAUAAAGAAUUUCUGUAYAUUAAAUAACAUGAAAUCAUAUAAAUUAAUUUAAUAUCAUUAAAGCAUUACAUAGAUUCAUGUCUUCAUUAUAAUGUAGCCCUAAAAAGCACUMUUUGUAUGAUAAAAGAAAAUAGGAUGUUUUCAGUUAGAAGUAAUAUUUGUUUAGCCAAAAAGCCUUUAAAUCAUAUUUAAUCUUCUUGCAGUUUUCCCAGAUUAUUUAAUUUUAAUUAAUGAAUGUAUAUUAAUAUGCAAAUGCAAUCAGCUGCACUUUUGUUGAGCUCUGAAGAGGGAGGACAAUUAUUUGCUUGUUACUGCAGUGGUCUCUUCCUGAAUUAGAGAGGUAUCAGUAGCAAUAAGUUGAUGUGAUCAAUAUUAAUGGCAAUAAUUUAAUUAUUKAUGAACCAUUUAAUGAGCACUGAAGAUAUGUAGGGGUUGGGGGGGCUCUGACACCCCCKAAAGUCAGAGCACAACCCGGGGGCUCAUUUCCCAUACACUGGAGACAACGUGGAUUUUGCAAUAAUUUAUUGGAGCAUCUUCUCAGUAAUUAACAACAGCAAAGUUUUCUAUGUUGGAACUUGAGCAGGAAUCUUGGAGCGCUGCUGUUGAAUGGAAAAUUCACCUGACAACUCGGAUUUUUGUGUGAAACCAAACCAGCACAUCCUURGGUUUUGGAAUGCCAGUGGGAAGAGGUGAAUAUUCCCCACAGAYCCCUUUGCUCAGCCAAGACUGUUCUCCAUGUGAGGCACGAGUUGUGCUCUGUACAAUCACCUGAAACUGCAAUUCUUGAAUAAAGUUAUUUAUUAUUGA